UAGAGGAAAGUUGAUAUUUAAAAUAAACACAUACACAAGAAUGCUAGCUUUGUAAUUUUUGUUUAAUAUGUUAAAAUAAUUAUAUUUAACUGGUCAACAAUAAAAUAGGAUCUCCGGAUAGUUAGCCGCUUCUAUAUAAAAAGUGAGUGAGCGAAGCAGAGUGAGCCAGUGCUCACCUCAGACUGAUUAUUAUAACUCGAUCGUCUUCUUCUUCGGCUUGAUGGAAACAGAAAAAAUGUCUCCACUCUCCGAUCUCCUAAACCUCAAUCUCGACACCAAGCAAAUCAUCGCUGAAUACAUAUGGAUCGGUGGGUCUGGAAUGGACAUUAGAAGCAAAGGCAGGACAUUACCAGGACCAGUAAGUGAUCCAUCAAAGCUUCCGAAAUGGAACUACGAUGGAUCCAGCACCAAUCAAGCCGCCGGAGAUGACAGUGAAGUCAUUCUAUAUCCUCAAGCGAUUUUUAAAGACCCAUUCAGGAAAGGGAAUAACAUUCUCGUGAUGUGUGAUGCUUACACACCGAAAGGAGAUCCAAUCCCGACCAACAAUAGGCACAAAGCCGUGAAAAUCUUCGAUCAUCCCAAUGUGAAGGCUGAAGAGCCUUGGUUUGGGAUAGAGCAAGAAUACACAUUACUUAAGAAAGACGUCAAGUGGCCAUUGGGUUGGCCCCUUGGUGGCUUUCCUGGUCCUCAGGGACCGUACUAUUGUGCGGUGGGUGCAGACAAAGCCUUUGGGCGUGACAUUGUGGAUGGUCACUACAAAGCUUGUCUUUACGCUGGUUUAAGCAUAGGUGGUGCCAAUGGUGAAGUCAUGCCUGGUCAAUGGGAGUUUCAAAUCAGCCCUACUGUUGGUAUUGGUGCAGGUGAUCAGUUAUGGGUUGCUCGCUACAUACUCGAGAGGAUUACUGAGAUAUGCGGCGUAAUUGUCUCAUUUGAUCCCAAACCAAUCGAGGGUGAUUGGAACGGAGCAGCUGCUCAUACAAACUUCAGUACAAAAUCAAUGAGGAAAGAAGGAGGAUUGGAUUUGAUCAAGAAAGCAAUAGGGAAGCUUGAAGUGAAACAUAAACAACACAUUGCUGCUUAUGGUGAAGGCAAUGAGAGGCGUCUCACUGGGAAGCAUGAAACCGCAGACAUCAACAAGUUCUCUUGGGGAGUUGCGGAUCGUGGAGCAUCGGUGAGAGUGGGAAGAGAUACGGAGAAAGAAGGGAAAGGUUAUUUUGAAGAUCGAAGGCCUUCGUCUAAUAUGGAUCCUUAUCUUGUUACCUCCAUGAUAGCUGAAACCACCAUCCUCGGCUAAGCUUUCUUUUGAAGUUGUUGCAUACGUUCUUUUGUUUCUUCAUGUUUCGGUUUAAUUUCGGUUUGAGACUUUUUUUUUUAUUGCUAAUAAUUCAUGGGAUGGUCUUGAUCCUAUUGUUUGUUUAUCCUGGUUCAGUUGUUAGUGUUAAACAAAAUUGAAUUGGGAAAAUAAAGGUUCUUAGUUCUUACUUUUUAAA